CUUGUAAUGGUUCUAUUUUUUGUUGAAUCACAUCAAGUUGAGAAAAUGGAAGAUGCUGAGGGUACCAUAAUAAUUACCAUUUUCUGAAUUAAAUAUUUAUCGAAGUGUACAAAUAAUUGGCAAGUUGGAAAUGGUGACAGAGAUCAGAUCUUGCAUGUGCAUUUUAAUUUAUUCUAACAUUGUAUAUUCAUAAUUGGAAAGUUGGAAAUGGUUUUGCUGAGUAUACUAUAAUAAUUCAGCUAGCAGAUUAGAUUUUAACCCAUCUUGCAUUGCAUCUCUGUUAAUUAUAAUCAUUCAUUCCAUUUAACUUCUUGCUCUAUAAUUGAUCAAGACUAAUUCAUAACUUGCAUACGAUGGAGUUCCAGAAACACUUUACAGAAUUGAAGUUCAGUAGAAUGGCUUUAGAAGCUGUAACCACUCUAUUCAAAAUAGUAGAGCAAGACCUUAUGGAGCCCAAACUAGUUUCGAUUUUUGAUGCUGGAGGAAUGAAGGUGUGGCUGCUCGAAACAAUCGAGUUGCUGUGUACCAAGCUCUGCAUUCUGCAAGCAUUUUUGGAGGAGGGGUGUGAGACGAAUAAUGGCUGGUUUGAAUAUAAAGUUGCUUUACUAUAUGAUGAGUAUGAAAUAAAAUCUAAACUGGGACUAGUCUAUUCGGAAGCUAAAUGCGGGCAUCUUCGUGGGACCUUGAAAGCAAUGGUAAGAGAAAUUGAGGAAAUUGAAGAAUGGAUCCUGAUGAUAGAAAAAGGAACUGAUUUAGACCCUGAUGAGGAAAAGAACAUCACGGUUUGGGAUACCUACCAAAGUGCUUUAGAGCUUGAGAAUGAAGUAAUUGUAGGAUUCCACACUGAUAUUGAGACGAUAGUUAAGCGCCUCUGUUAUUCACACUUUAUGAGAUCAAUUUUCACCAUUUUGAGGAAUAGUAACAUUCACAAGUUUCAGAAAUAUAUUGAAAACACUGUUCUGAAACUACAAGUUAUUCCACUUGUUGGCGAAGGAGGCAUAGGAAAAACUACAUUAGCCAAAAGAGUCUAUGCACAUCCAACUACUAUUGCUAGCUUUCACAUUCGAGCGUGGGUAGUUUUGUCUCAGGUUCCUAACCUCAAAGAGAUUCUCAUUGGUCUACUAGGUUGUAUUUCACCAAUAACAAGUGAAAUCUACACCCUAGAUGAUGCUCAAAUAGCUGAGCAAUUAUGCACAUGUUUGAUGGGCAAGAAGUAUUUAAUUUUCUUGGAUGAUAUAUGGACCACUGCUACAUGGGAUGCCAUCAAAGGAUAUUUUCCAGAGAAUUUUAAUGGAAGUCGAAUCUUAGUAACUACUCGGUUCACAAAGGUAGCUAAAUACUUAAGUGCAAACCCCUACCAUAUGAAGUAUCAAACUUUAGAGAAUAUAUGGGAAUUAUUUUCAAGGAAAUUGUUUAGGCAAAGCCAAAGGGUUCCAUCUGUGGAAAUUGCAGAAAGGAUUGUUUUAGGUUGUAUUGGAUUACCACUAGAAGUUGUUGUGCUUGCCGGACUUUUAGCGGAAACAAAAGAGUCCCUAGAAAUAUGGAGAGAUGUUGCGGAAACUUUGGAUAGAGUUGAUAGAUAUGAUAAUGACAACAGAAUUUCAAAAAUACUUUCAUUGAGCUACAACUACUUACCUCCUCACUUGAAACCUUGCUUUCAUUAUUUUGGUGUGUUUCCUGAAGACAAUGUCAUUCCUGUUAAGAGAUUAAUCAACUUAUGGGUUGCAGAGGAAUUUUUAAUGCCACAUAAAAAAAUGAGUUUGGAAGAAGUGGCAGGGAGUUACUUGCAUGAUCUUAUUAAUAGAGGUUUAGUUCAAAUUAAUGAGCUAAGUCUUGAUGGCAACCUUAAAUCAUGUAAGGUUCAUGAUCGAGUUCACGAGGUCUGUGUGAGAGAAGCAAUAAAGGGGAAUGCUUUGUGCAUUAUCAAUGACAACCAUGCUCCAAAAGUUAGUCGUUGGUUAAGUUGUCAAACAAGUCAUUGGCCAAUCACUCAAGCAAGUUAUGGGAAUUGCACACUAGAUGAUAUCCGUUCUGUGCUCUGCUUUGGCAAAGAUGUGUACCAUUCCAAAUGCAGGUUGGUAUACCCAUGUUUGAAAUUGCUAAGAGUAUUGGAUUUAUCAUUUCUUAAAUGGUCACGAAGCAUGCCUAGUGAAAUAACAGAUUUGGUUCAUUUGAGAUACUUGUCUUUAAGUACCAUUGGUUCUCUUCAUGAGCUUCAAUUUCUCAAGCUUAAAAAUUUGCUAACUGUCAUAGUUACUUCUUGGAUGGAAAAAUGUCCUUUGCACCUGCGAUGUGAUAUUUUGGGUUUGCCACAAUUGAGGGAUUUGCACGUUGACAAGAGAUGUUCACAGUAUCUCCCUUGCUUAGUCAAAGAAAAUCUACAAACUUUUUAUUGGUUGAAAAUUGUUAGCUCCGAUGAUGAAAAACAAAACUUCAGAAUGGUUCCAAACCUAAAGGAACUUGGGAUUUACAUUGAAGGCCAACUGGAGCCUAGCUAUCUAGAGAGCCUUGUGUAUUUACAUCGACUUGAGAAGUUGAAGGUUGAAGUAGGAAGAGUCGAGCGCUUUUGUCUUCCAACAGGUUUUCCACCAAACCUUAAGAAGUUGACACUUCGUCAUACUUAUCUUCCAUGGAAGGAGAUGGACACAAUUGGCAGGUUGCGGCACCUUGAGGUGCUUAAAGUAAAAGAUUUCGCCUUCUGUGGCUCAAAGUGGGAACCAUCAAAGCAAGGCUUUCGGAAAUUAAAGGCACUUCUUAUCUCACGAUCAAAUCUCAAAUAUUGGAAUGCAAGUUCUAAUCAUUUCCCAGUUUUGGAGCGCCUAGUCUUAAGAUAUUGUUGGGAAUUGAAACAAAUUCCAAUCAAUUUUGCAAAUAUGGGAACACUGAAGCUAAUUGUGUUAGAAUGUUGUUAUUCUUCUCUUGUGACCUCUGCAAAUCAGAUUUCUUCUGCAAACAAGCUAUUGUUUGAGGGAACAACAGAUUUUCCACUUCGUGUUCGUAAAGUUAGAACUAAGGUUGAAAUGCCAAAUAACGAAAGCUCUGAAGAUGAAAGUGUGGGAAGCUCUAAUGAAUUGAGUGUGAGGAAAUAUCUAAAGGAGAAGGUUUCGAAUUCUUUGAAUGCAUUCAAAGAAUUGAAGAGGAAAGUCUUGUAAGCUCUAAGAAGAAAGUGACCGGGGAAUUUGUUAAUUUAGGGGUUAAUAUGAACUUAUGAAAGCUAAGGUAUGUAUAUAUCUAUGAAACUUAUACCUAAACUCCGUAUUAACUUUUGCAAUUGCCAAUUACUUUCUAGUUUUGUUUAAAGAGUUCUUUCCCUUUGAUUUGUACUUCCCAUCAUCAACCUCAAAAUCAAUUAAAAAUUCAGUACCCGAGUUUUUAAAACUUGCCACUUUAUAGUCCUAUAGUCAAGUACUAAAUCUGGCACUGAAUUUUGUUCUUCUUGGACUAAAAGUGGCAAGUUUUCAAAGUCGUUAGGUAUUACUUGUAGUCAAUUUUGGAAGUUGAUAACUACUAAAGUGGAAAAUCCAACAGUCGUCUAGUCUAGGGACUAAAACAUGAAUCCAAUAGUUGAUAAAUGCCUAGCUCAUUUAUUGUAAUUUUGUCCAAAGAGGUUAUUCUGAUCUGUUGCAAUUGAAUUUGAGCUUCACUUUAUCUUUCAGCUUGUAGGUUCCUGGCUGCAGUUAGUUUAUAAGGUCUUCAUUGCUGAAUAAGUUCUCUGUUUUUUUCACGAGUUCAUGCACGGGCUAAUGUUGAAAACAUAGCCACUUGUCCAGUCCAAUCUAGAUUGGUGGUGAUCUAUCUAUUUGGUUGGGAAUUCGCCUAAUCACUUUCGGGAGAAAACAAACAGAGAGGAUUUCUUGCUGUAAUUCUUCAAGUGCAGCUCAGAGGUAGUGCAUCAAUAUAAGAUGCUGUAUUUUCUUAUUUCCAUUUGAUCUGAACAAUUCAGCUGUGUGUGUUAUGAUGUUUUUCUGCUCCAAUGACACCAUGGCUAUGUUGUAAUAAUAUAAUCCACUGUUUAAUUCAAUAUUCUUUUACAACAUAUUAGA